GAUUGGCGAAAAGUCGAUAAUAUUUCCGAUCAGCCCGGCGACAUAGCCCCAAGAUACCUCCGCGCGUCUACGCAUACUCAACUCACCCAGACUCCUACUUAGCACCCCUCUAGCCAAUGUCUUCCAUUCCAUGAUUUGCGUUCAAUAUGCGCUUGGACGAUGAGCGAGUUCCAGCGUAACUGUGUCCUUGCAGCCUGCUACCGCCUCAGUGCUCAUCACUCGCGCACACCCUUGGGGCUCAUUUAAUGGCCGCUCCGGCACUGCCGUCGAAUAUCCGUGCCUGAAUUUAUCGGCUUCUUAUAGAUGGUAGAUGGCAAGAGGAGUGGUACGCCAUUUGACAUCUUCCUCCAACCCCAUGGCUCUCUAUGAACCAACCGACUUCGUGAUAGGGCGAUCUCUUUUGAAUCUAAAUUACGCCUAUGUGUCUACAACUGUGAUCUGGGUCUAUGACUAUAUCAUCACAUUCGACGAUGAGCUGGCCUAUUUUCGCAAGUCCACGUGGGGGAAGGUCAAGAUACUGUAUCUGAUGUGUCGCUAUCUGCCAUUUGUGCUAUUGGCUGCAGAUACCUACCAGGUAUUACAACCUGCCUUGCCAUUGAGUCAAUGUCAGACAUACUUCCAGAUAAACUCAUGGCUUGAGGGAAUCACACUGGUGGCUGCGGAAUGGAUGUUCAUUUUGAGAACGUACGCCAUCUGGGGAAGAAGCAGGAGGAUAUUGAUCAUUCUCUUGAGUUCCUUCUUCGCAAUUUUGAUCCCAGUCAUCUAUAUAUUGACUAGCUUUGGCAACUCUGUGACAAUAUCCGAACCUCCGAUCCCCAACAUCACCAGCUGUUAUAAUGUCGGCGAAAGUCGCAUCAUUGUUGUAGCCUAUGUUUUACUAGUAGUCGCUGAAUUUGAAAUUUUGUCUUUUACACUAUACCGCUCCAUCAAACAUUACAGAAGUCUUACAAACGACAAUCACUUGCUCAAUAUUCUCAUUCAGCACAACGUAUUCUAUUUCAUCUGCGGACUUUUCUUUUCGCUUCUUGUCAUCCUGACUAUAGCGCUUCUUCCUUCUGUGUACGGUGAUAUGGCUUCAAACCUACAGGUCACGGUACAUGCCUUGCUCGUUACACGGAUGCAUCUCGAGCUCUGGAGGUCGGACCGUGCUCAGAGGUUCGUCUUGGUUGACGAUAAUAUAGCCCUCGAUACGUUGGAUCAAGUUCUGAGAAGUCGCAAUCAGGAUUGGCACAGGAAUAUUUUGGCCACUUGACCUUGUCUUCGUUAUAUAGUUCCAGCAAGUUGCGCAAAUAUGUAGCUAUGUACUGUAGAGACACAGUUGCUGUAACUUUCAGUAAGGUCACGACAUCACGUGGACAUGUCAUUUACGCGUCAGUGGUGUCACGACCCUAUCAUUAGCUUU